AGAGAAGCAAAAACGUACAGCACCGGGGAUUCGCUGGUCGUCACCGACCCAACUACUAAUCCGGCGGUUGGUAGCUUAUCUAGGGGAGAGCGGACGGGAUCCCGAGUUUUCUACCACCUAUGGCCGUACGUGCCAGUACAAACUCAAACCAUCGUAUAUAAA